CUAAAGAAUCUCACUUAAAAUUCUCUGAACAACUCACCGCUAUACUUUCACUACACUUCACUGUCAUCUCUCUCCACACACUCUCCCUUCUCUUUUUCCAUCCCAAAAUUUUCCUGAGCUUUUCUCACCAACUUUCCCGGAAAAUCAAAACCACAGUCUGUGUUCAUUUGGUUCUCAAUAAGCGUUUUCUUCAAUUAUUACUUUCAUUUCACUACAUAUAAUGGACACUUUGGACUUCGACAACGUAAAAGCCGAGAAGGCAAGGGCCCUGCUAAUGUUCCACCGCCUCCGAACCAUCGCAAAACUGUUCCGCCUCGUCGAGAUCCUCUCGGCCCUCCUACUCAUCUCCUGGAUUUCACCUCGACUCCCUCUUGCCGUCAAAAUCUCCGGCGAGUACCUCCGUCGACUGAUUGCCGUAAUCCGCAGCCCUCUCUUCGUUUUCCUAAUCAGCAACGCCAUCGUCAUCACUCUCCUCGUCAAAUCCGGCAGGGCACCGGCCGUCAACAAUGCUGAAACCGAUCUCUACGAAGAAUUCAUCAAAACCAGCCAUCACGGACCGGAAAAUCCGCCUCCGCUGCCGGAACCGGAGGCGAUCGUGUACGACGACAAAGAGAUUAUUAUAUCUGAAGUGAUCAGCGUCGAUCCAAAGAGAAACGAAGUUGCAAUUGAUGAUGUUAGGGUUUCGGAUUUCAAAAUUUUUGAACGGAGCAAGUCGGAGAAGUUGACGAGAAGAAGUUGGGAGAAGCCUUGCGGGAAGCUGCGGCGAUCGGAGACGGAGAAAUGCCGGAGAGUUGUUGAUUCCGGCGAGGAUCCGGCGGGUGUUGUGGAGGAGUUGAGCAAUGAGGAGUUCCAGAGGACUAUAGAAGAGUUUAUUGCUAAGCAAGUCAAGUUCCACAAAGAGGAAAAACUGGCUAUUGUUGCACCUGUUGUCAAGCCGAAUCAAGGGAUCGAGUGAGUGAAAAGCCCUGUAAUUAUCAGUCUCGUGUCAAUGGCAUGUAAUAACAGUAUCGAUAUCUCCCCGGUUUUCACUGCCAGUGAAAAGAUUUUAAUCUCGUCUGGUAAAUAUCGCGGAAGAUAGUUAAUGUAGUUUUUUUCGUAUUUAUAUCAACUUUUUUCCCUCCA